AUGUCUCUGUCGCUCCCAAAGCACCACCACGUCCACGUCCUCGGCAUGCGUAACAUCCAAAGCGCUCGAGACGGCGCAAGGCUGAACAUGCGCGACCGCACUGCUUCGACCAGCGACACGUACUUUCCUUCCCCUCGGCCAAACCGCUGGAUCAACAUAUUUGAAUACACCCCAGAGUGCUUGCAUACUCCUUGGGCCGAGGCUGUGCCUUGCGCUUCCGCUUUCUCUAUCAUCACCCUCAUCAAGCAUAGGAUGAAAGCUACAGCGACUGGAAGAGGUCACUGUCGCUCGCCCCGAUGUAUCGUUUGGAUGUUUGCAAAGGUCUGUGGCCCUCUGCCUGCCUCUCUUGUUUACCUUUUCUUCAUGUCUCUGUCCGCCAGCUAUGCACCCCUUACUUCCUCAGCUCCCGCAAUGCCCUGCAGAUUUCAUCAACACAUCAUUGGGCCACACUUGAUCAGAUCCAAUAAGAAAUCAGAUUCAAGAGAGCUCAUGCACGACAUCGAGCGUCAGACGAACGACCAAGCUAUCACUCCCACGCCCUUGGUGCGCCUGGCUUCUGUUGACAGAUCGAGGAGUCUGCAUUCCACCCCUCACGUCCACCAUAGCGGAAACCUGAGGCUCGUAUAUGAGAAUGGGGGAAUGCCCGUGGUGCGUCGGCUCACGUUCAAUUUGCUCGACCUGUCACCGAUGACCAACUACCCUGAGGACUGGAGUCCAGUACCACAAAAGAUAUCGACGAGGCCAGCGAACUACGAGCCGAGGGAUGCACGAGCGAGUUUGCCAAAGAAUAGCGAUCGGGCACUGCGGCCAAAACCACUCAAUUUGCCUUCGAAGCAACCACAAGAUUCGAGCGUGCUGAAGUCAGUACAGUCGUUGCGGCAGGAGAGUACUGAGUCAUCGGAAAGCCUUCGAGAUCCUGAGAUCGUGGACGUUGGAUCAACAACGCAAUGGACUCGACGAGACCAUCAUCCGCGACGUAGCAAGCGUGUAACGUCGCGCAGUACGGCGUCCCAAUACAGCGCACGCCAGUCGGAGAUCUCAUUGGGAAUCUUGGAUUAUUACAUGCGCGAUCGAACACCCUCCCUUCACAGCCCGGAAUUGCCACCACCCACACCAAGACUCGAUCCAGCUAUAGCUGAGCUGGACUUUGGAGAACUACCGCCCACUCCAACACCAAGCGCAGCGCCUACACCCGCGCUCCCAAGCAGACACACAGGACCCUACCAAGAGGCCAAAGGGCAGCCAUUGAUUCCCCUUUCGCCACCAUCAGCAGUCCGACCAUCAGCUACUCUCACCCGUGGGUACAGUCUUUUUCCAGUGAUCAAGGAGGUGACACCGCCACCUCGACACCCAGAAAUUACCCACAUUCCGCCUAUCACCUUGCGCGACAUCACGCCAACAAGCGUCAAGAGUACGCCCUCAAUUCCCUCACAUCCGAGCUCAGAUCCAAUCCACAGACCAAGAAAAGAGUCCAUCUCCAGCUCCGUCCGCACUCGUAACGACAGCAUAAAUUCCUGCCGCGCAAAGCAGAGGUAUCCGAUCCCAUUGCGUAUCCUCAGCUCAGACAGCACGACUACCACACCUCCCGCCAAUCACCGUCGGCUAAUCUCGACAUCUACGGCAACGACCUCGCCACCAGCUGAGCCACAAAGCAGAUGGUCAGAUGAUACUAUCGCGUCGCCUUCUUUGGCGCCCACACCUGGACCACGCACAAGCUUUGGAUCCCUACUCAGACGCGAUAGCCAGCAGUAUCCGGCUUGCUUCUUCGAGGAUGACGAUGAUGAGGAAGCACCAUUGCGGAGGAAAUGGGCUUGGAAGACGAGUGUCAACUCGGUGUCGACUGGACGCGAUUCAAAGAUGUCGACGAGGAAAUUAGUGAAGGGAAAGUACGAUGAGGUCGAAUCGCCAAGACCGUGCUUUUGGCAGUUGAUACUUUAUUCUUAUGUCUACGAUUGCUGUGAAAAGCUUGACGGCCGCGUGGCUACACAGAUCGCCGAAAGUUUGAAAUCCAGCAUUUCCUGCCUCUACUCAUAUCGAAGAUCAUUCAUCAGGCUAUGCGGAUCCAGCGCUUUCUUGGUCUGGCUCGUGACAUGUACAGUUUCCUGCCAUGGUCAUGCCUUGUUCGCCCGUGCUUGUGCCUUCCUGCUCGAUUGCCAUACCUUAGCUGUGACUGUCUUCACCGUCGUAAAGAAUCGUUUCUGCGCGCAGACCUGCAUGCAGAACGUUGUUAGCCAGCGCUGCAGUCAGAUUGAUGAUCCAAUCACGCAUGGUGCCGUAUCAAUCCUUCUCCCAGCUCCACUUCCUAUGUCCACAAUCAUGACCCGACGCGAUGUACGUUGGAGCGCGAUGACUCCGCCGAGAUGGAGAGGGGAGGCGACAGCCGCCGACAACACCGCGAAAAGCGACGACGAUGAGGAUGACAUGGUCCAAAGCCGACACCGACACACUCCAGCAGCAAAAAAAUGUCCAAUCCGACGAGUGACGACUUCGCCAUAUCCAACGCAGCUGCGUACGCUCCGAGAUCUGGUCCUGCAGUGCAGCGACGCCGACAUCUCGCAAUGGGCAGCCGCCAAGCCAUGCGAUAUCCCGACUCUGGCAUCGUGUCUUCUUGAAGGCCUUCAGCAAUGGCCCUACGUCCUCGAGAUCAUCGCCAAAUUUGCAUGCAACAUCACAUGCCGAGACGCCUUUCUCCAUCACGAACCGACUCUGCUGCAUAGCGUGGUAGCGCAGAGCGUCAAGAGCGGCGACUUGCGCUCCAAAUAUGCCAGAGCCAGUGUUGCCCUGCUCUCCACACCUCUUCCCGAUACCAUCGCGCUUCCUGCAGACGCCCAGACGCUGUUCAUCAAUUUCGUCGAGAAUGCAGCACGAUCGCCCUCUGCCGCAACCAUUGAGCCGGUCUAUCUCAUCCUGCAUGGCACCGGCAACCUGUUGCUCGGAGUCUUGAGCAGCCAUGUGCUUGCCAAGUUCGAAGAGCACCUCCUGGAUAUUCUACGCAAUGUCAGCGGCACCUCCGCCCUCAGCCUUUACUGCCUUUCCAUCAUGAACACAGUCUGCUGCUCCAUGGAUCCCGAAUUUCGCUUGACCAACAGCUCUUACAACACCCAAGACUUUCUGGCGAGCACUCCGGCUUCAUCAAGGUGGAAGUCCGAGGCCAUGCAGCAGUUCUUCACCGGCAGCAAAGCUCAGAAGAGCACGCAACUCGUAGUUCUACUUGUGCUCUGGGCCACCAAGACGGAGACGAUUGACUCAUGGGCUGAAAAGACCAAGGCACUGGUGUUGUCACUUGAAGUCCUCUCGGCAAUUCCCGUCGACUUGAGGAAAAUAUGGUGCACUGGCAACCCGAUGCUUGUCAGAAAGCUGCAGGAGCGACUUUGCUCCGAAGAGCUGGCAAGCGCACACAAAACGUUGGCGCUGCGCUUCAUUGGUAUGCUUUGCGAGUUGGACUCGCUUCCACAUCCCGUCGUAGAAUCUCUCGAGACGACUUUUCUGGAGGCUGCCAGCAUGCAGGCAGUUCACACCCUGUGCCCACACCUCGACCAUAGCGAGCUGUUAUCGAGCAUACUCAUACGCGCACCUAUCAGCAUGCUUUUGGAGAGCGCUGUCGAUGUUGCCACGCGAGCAGAGUCUGUAGAGCUAAAUGUCAGUCUGGAUGCCGUGACGACCACAAUCGCCCAAGCACAGAUUGUCAUCGGCAGUCAAAAAAUAGCGGUCCAUCAGAUUCGACAGCUUUUGAAUAACGAAGAGUUCCUUGCACGUUUGGAGAGGCUUUCGAGUCUCUUAUCACGACCAUCGACGACUCAGGAGUCAACUUCGCCUGCGGGCUGGUGUGAGAAGGCAUUAUCAAGAUCAAGGUGUAAGCUGGCGCAUCAGAUUAGCAAUCUAUUUCUCUGGGCAUGUCAAACUGCUUCUGUUGGAGCACAAGCAAUGACUGUCUUGCUGGACUUGCAUGCUUCAUCCGCUCGAGGCGAUCUACCCUGUUCUCACGAACGGCCUUCUUGGCGCGAUGAGCUCACAUUUGGUGAAGACAACGGUGACCAGAAUGAACACGACGAUCUCGACUGGCGAGAAGCUUUGCAUACGCAUUUCAGAGCGAGAGCUCAAGUUGAGCAAGAUGCAGUAACGAGGCUUUUCACAAAAGCCUGUGCAAAUCUGGAGGCCCGGUGCGAGGACGUGGAGAGACCUCUGCGUGAGGAGCAGCGUAGAUGCAAGGCUGCUGAGGAUCGAAAUGCCAAACUCGUCCAAGCUUUCGCCGAAUUGGAAACGCGAUACAUGGACCUUACAUCACAGAACAGGACUUUAGAAGAAGAUCGCAAGCAGCAUUUCAAGGAAUUGGAAGCGUGCCAAGAAAGCCUUGAUGCGGCUGAGCGAAGAGGCGAUGAGACUUUUCAGCGAGUCUCACAUCUAGAGAAACAGCUUCGCGAAGCAAACGAGGCUGGUAAGCGUCAAAUUGCCGAAAUGAAUGAGGCCAAGCAGAUUGUGGAGGUCAAUGGAGCUGCACGGCUCGCGCAGAAGCAAGAGCAGCUUGAGGAUGCACAGGACGAAGUGGCAGCUUUGAAGACGCGAUACGACAACGAAGCAGUGCGUGCUUCGAAUGCGGAGCAGAACUUGGCAGCAGUCCAGGUAGAGCUCGAUAAGACCAAGCGGGAGCUGGCGACUUCAACUUCUGCCGCACAAAGGCUACAUCUGGAUAUGGAGCGCCUCCAGCUCGAGACUCAGCAGUUGAAUGCAAGCAACACUGCUCUGGAGGAGCAACUGGCCAAGACAAGUGAGAGUGACGCGACCAAGAUGCAAGAGAUGGCUGAGCUUCGAGACGAACUGCAGACGUGCCAAGCUGAGCGUGGUCGCCUUCAGUCGGAGGCGGUUCGUCAGAUGGAGGAAAUGCAGCACGAGCUCGAGCAGAAGCGUCGGGAGGCAGACCGUCUAGCGAGUCAGUACUCAGAAGACACUGAACGACUUCAUGGGCAGGUAUCUGGCCUACAGCAAGACUUGUUGCAAACCAGAGACUCACUCAGUGCCGAGAUCGAAAGUCGCAAUGCCAAGGUCGCGGAUUACAAGAAACGGCUUGAACGAUAUCAAAAGAAGUGCGAACAGAAAGAUCAGCAGAUUGCCGAAGCAGAAUCGAUGCGCGUAAAUCUGAUGGCCGCCAUGGGUAUUCGCGGUACGCAGAAUCGCGCAAGUCUGCCACACCGUUCACGAGAGUCCGUGGCACCGGCCUUGGUUGACACUCAAUCGGACGCGUCCCCGCCUACACCGACAUCUUCGAGCAACAUGGACGUCGAUGCGUCGAGCGUUGACCAGUCUUUUGCUUCAAAUGCUUCCAACGAGCCUAAGAACGGAUCUACGCCUAAGAGGCCACGACCCCGAAAGUCUUUGUCGUUUGCAGCUCCUUUGACCACGAAGCCACGUGCGAGCAACGGUUUAAGAACGUCCCGCACAAGCAUCGCAACGAGACAGAGCAUGGGGCGUCAGGCUCUGCAGGGAAUCAGUGGCAACCGACCGUCACUCACGUCGAAGACUCCUGUCAAAGAAGUGCAAAAGGAGGUUGGCGCCGAAGAGGAGGCAUCCACAUUCGAAGGCAGCGAGCUCUUCAUUGGCACACAAGAGCAGCAUCUGCAAAUUGAGAUAGUUGAAUGGUGGUACGGAGGACUGGUAGAAGACUCCAAAACGAGUGAAGUUCUGACGGGCACUCGGCUGGCUUGGCGGGUGGCAGCUCUCGCGGCAAAUGUGUCUCACGAAUCACGUGUGGUACAAAUAUUUCGGCACCGAGGCGUCGUGAAAGCAGGAACUGCAGGUGAAGCCGCCCGCCCGCCCGCCCGCCCGCUACCAGCAGCCUUGUUGUCGCAGUGUUUGUUCAUAUUGAAUGGCAGUAGUGGCAGUGUUUGCUCGACCGCUCAAUUAUAUGACAGACACACUACAGAGCAGAGCAGAAUAUAG